AUGCUCGCAGCCUCGUAUCUGGGGCUGCUCGGUCGCGGCGGCGGAUGCCGAAGUGACCGAGACAAGCGUGAGCUGAUAGUGGCGAGUACCAUGAGCACUUCGGAGACGGAGCUGAUAGAGAGCACAUACAUGGUGACGCCCACCUCCACUGGCGGACCUGCAAUCAAGCCCAAUCGUGAGUCGCGCACGCGCCUCGCGCCGUGA